AUUUGUCAUUCUGACCUACGGUCACACUCGCAUGCAUGUCAAACAAAUAAAUUUAAAUAAUUUGCAAAUCAAUUGCAUAAAAUGAAAGAGUUCUGCCGCACCUGCGGCCAGACCGUCGUGGCCGAACAGUGCCUUCAGAUCUUCUCGCCCGAGGGCAGGAAGCUGCUGCAGUGCGUCCGCUUCAUAACAAACUGCUGGCUGCAGAAUGUCCAGGAUUUGCCCAAUCACAUAUGCAUGGACUGCCAGGUGCUGCUCAAGCAAGUGCAAAAGUUUCGACGGCGAUGUGCAAAGAUUGAAAAGUACUUCGCCAGGCGCCGGAGGAGAAUGAAUCUCGGCGAGGCUCCCGCAGCCAUGGAGCAACUUCCCGUCCAGCAGGCAGCUGCUCCGGAUCCACUGGGCAUUGACGAGCUGAUGGCAACCAGUGAAAUCAAAAUAGAACCCACCCAGUUACAAAUCGACGAGGACCCUCAGCCGUUGUAUCCCGAAAAUCAGCUUGAACAAAGUCUAAGCUAUGAGAAUGGACCGGGUGAAGACUUUCUACCCCUGCCCGAGGACUAUGGAGAGGUACAGACUGAAGUGGCGGCCACCACCGCCAACUCCACCACCAACGAGCCACCACAGCGAAGAAUCAAGAACUCGGCCAAAAUCAAAUCCAAGAAGCACACAAUGCGCAUGGGCCGAAAGCUUAUUCAUGUGAAAGUCAUCGAUGAUAAGCAGCCAAAGCGCAUUGUGGACCGAAAUGGACCCAGUGCCAAGCCCUGCAUCUGCGAGCACUGCGGCAGGCAAUUCAAAGACACCAGCAAUCUCCAUGUCCAUCUGCUACGGCACACGGGCACCAAGCCCUUCGAGUGCGACCAGUGCCAUCAGAAGUGCUACACCCUCCACCUGCUGCGGCGUCACCAGCUGAAGCACACAGAGGGUCCCUACGCCUGCACCUUCUGCGGCCUGGAGUACAGCACGAACAGCUCUCGCGUGAGACAUGAAAGGGAGGCCUGCAAGAAGGGACGAGCGCCGCAGUCCAAGUGGGAAAUCAUUAAGAAGGGCGAGCGCACUUUCCACUGCGAGGUGUGCGAUCUCUGGUUCCUGCGCGCAGGCAACUUUACGCAGCACAUCAACUCCUCGAGUCACAUUGAAAAUGAACGCAGAAAGAAAAGAAAAUCAAACUCAGUGCAUCCAGCCGCCAUAAAUUCAUAAAUGAACUAAGUGAAAAUUCAAAAA